AUUUCAUUCAUUUGGUGGUUCUUUUCUUGUCUCUGUACCUCUGUUAUCUGUGUAUUGUUUUGUGUCUGUUUUCCAAUACCUAAAAAAAAAAAAAGUGGAAAUGUCGGGCACCGAAGUCGGUUUUGCUGUUUCUGGCAGAGUUGCCGGCAAAGUUGCAGAGAACCUGCUGGUUGAUCGAAUUUUCAAUCCAAUCUGGAACAGAAUAGCUCGUGUGUUCAAAUGGAAGACUAAUUUAAAGAAUCUGGAGAAAGAAGUUAAGAAGCCGGAAGCUGAAAGAGAUAGUGUGCUGCAAUUUAGGGACGCUGCUGAGAGAAGAGGGGAAGAGGCUGUGCUGAAGGUCAAGAUUUGGCUGACUGAUGCAGAGAAGUACAUUGGAGAGAUGGAGAAGUUAGAGGAUGAUGAAGACAAAGCCAAGAAGAAGUGUUUCCUAGGGGAAGCUGAAAAAUUCAAGAUCCCAGAUUCCCACUGUCCUCCAAAAUCUACAGCACCAGUUAAUAAAGGUUUUGAGGACUUUGGGUCAAGGACGCCUGAUUUGGAUCGUAUUAUGGAGGCCUUGAGAAGUACUGACACUGACAAGAUAGGUGUGUAUGGGAUGCCUGGUGUUGGAAAGACCAUGUUAGCCAAAGAAGUUGCUAGACGAGCUGGGGAAGCCCAUUUGUUUGAUGUAGUUGUAUUGGCUUCUGUGACAAAGGAUCCAGACUUGAAAAGAAUUCAAGGAGUAAUAGCAGACAAAUUAGGUCUACAGCUACAUGGAGAGACUGAAUUUGGGAGAGCAAAUCAACUGAAGGCAUAUCUGAAGAAAAAGAAGAGGAUCCUUGUGAUUUUAGAUGACAUCUGGUCGAGGCUAGAUUUGGAUGAACUUGGAAUUCCUUUUGAAGAAAGAAGGAAUGAGGCAUGGUCGAGGCUAGAUUCGGCUGAACCUGGAAUUCCUUUUGAAGAAAAAAAGAAUGAGGCAAGUUCAAUUGAUGAAGAACAGAUGCAAUGCAGGAUUCUCUGCACAUCUAGAUCUCUUAAUGUCUUACAAUGUGAUAUGCGUACUAAUCAAAAUUUUUAUGUUUGCCAAUUACGAGAUGAAGAAGCAUGGGAGCUUUUGAAGAAGAUAGUUGGUGAUAAAAUUGAAAAUUUUGGCUUGCGGGAUACAGCAAUGGAGAUUGCCAAAGAAUGUGCCGGGCUCCCCCUAGCCAUUGAAACUCUUGGCAACGCUUUAAAAGAUAAGGAACAUUAUGAGUGGAGGGAUGCUCUGCUACAACUGAAAAAGCCCUCUCCAGAGAACUUCAUGGGGAUCUCUGCAAAUGUUUACUCCGCAAUUGAAUUGAAAUGUCAAUACAAUCGGAGAAGCAUGAGACAGGGUGCUAACAUUGAGCUGAGGGGGUUGGAAGUCCUUAGCCUUUCAGGAAGUGCUAUUGAAGAGUUGCCAGUGGAAAUUGGACAGUUGAUCCAACUAAAGUUUUUAAAUUUGAGUGAUUGUACCAAGCUCAAACUGAUACGACCACAUGUCUUAGAGAGUUUGUCCAGGCUAGAAGAACUGUAUCUGGGAAACAGCUUCAAGCAAUGGGAAGCUAACGGACUUGGAAAUCAAAGAAAUCCUAGCCUUGCUGAGUUGAAGGAUUUGCAUAACCUAGUUGCUUUAGAUGUGCAUGCAUGUGAUGUCCAACUUAUUCCAGAAGACUUAUUCUCUGAAAGAUUGAAUAGAUACAAGAUAUUCAUUGGAGAGGAACUGAAGUAUCUUUACGUUCAAAAUGCUCCUGAGAUUCAGCAUAUCAUUAACUCAGUGGGGGAGAUUCCUUGCUAUGUAUUUCCCCUCUUAGAAGUACUAUUUCUUCAGAAUUUGAAUAACAUGGUGAAGAUUUGUCAUGGCCAGCUUGCAGAAACAUCGUUUAGAAGAUUGAGAACUAUAACCGUUGAAUGUUGUAAUCAGCUGGAGUGUUUAUUCCCAAUCUCCAUAGCUAGACGACUUCUCCAACUUGAAGAAGUUAGAGUAACAGAUUGCUCUAACAUGUUAGAGAUUGUUGAUGAUGAAGGGCAAGUGACCACUAAUGAUAUAGCAGAAGCAAAUGAGAAUUUUGAGUUUGCCCAUCUGCGGUUCUUGAAUUUGCAGUAUUUGCCAAAGUUCAUUAGAUUAUGCCAUGGACUUGUGGAAGCAAAUGAUUCAAGGUCCAAGCCUGUAUCACUUUUCAAUGAAAAGGUCAUUCCUAAAUUAGAGAAACUGUCAUUAGCUAGUGAUGACAUUACAAUGAUAUCUGAUGGCCAAUUUCCAGGGGACCUCUUUUGCAAUGUUAAAGUUCUUCGUCUUCUUACAUGUAAAGGUCAAUCACCUGUUUUUCCAAUUCACUUCCUUCAAUGUUUCCACAAGUUGGAAAAGCUUCAUGUAAUUUAUUCUGAUUUCAAGGAGUUAUUCCCUUCUGAAGGAGACACUGAUGGUCAGGAGAAAUGUGUGGGAACAGUACAAUUACAUAUUAGAGAGUUGAAGUUGCGAUCACUUCAUAAUCUGAGGCAUAUAUGUAACCAAGACUCUGGAGGAGCUGGCCUAAUUGUUCAAAAUCUUAAAAUUCUGAAAGUGAUUGGCUGUCCUGGCUUGAUUAGCUUAUCAGCAUCUAUGGCACCUUUCCACAGUCUCACCACUUUGGUUGUAUUUAGUUGCCAAGGAUUAAGAAACUUGGUUUCACUCUCAACAGCUCAAAGCCUGGUGGUAUUCCUUAGUUUAGAGAAGCUUAUAAUUUGGGAGAUGAGGAGCUUGAUCAAGAUAUGGAAUGAACAACUCGAUGAAGAUUCCUUCCACAAACUAUAUCUUCUAUGUGUUUCUGAUUGUGAAAAAUUAUUGAAUAUUUUUCCAGUUAAUAUGGUAGGGAGACUACAAAACCUAGGCAAGCUGCUGAUAAGUAAUUGUGCUUCGCUAGAAGAAAUAUUUGAACCUCAAGGACUAGAUGCUGAUGAAUCAGAAGCACAAAUAACUGCUCAAUUAGCUUUGGUGGAAACAACCCCUAAUUUUGUAUUUCCAAAAGUAACAUCUUUGGAUCUUUGGUUGCUACCCAAUCUCAAGAGUUUCUACACUCAAAUAAAUACUACAGAAUGGCCAUUAUUGAAAAAAUUGGAGAUGAUUGAAUGUGAUAAAGUGCAGAUACUAGCUUCAGAACUUCUGGGAAUAAGUGGACAGAACCAACUUGAAAUUCGAAUUGAACACCCUCUGUUCUGGGUCAGUAAGGUUACAUUCUCCAAUCUAGAAGAACUGAUAGAGGAGCGGAAUAAAGACCUGAAGGAGGUAUGGCAAGGUGAUGAUGAUGUUAAGAAUGACGUUAUUUUCACCAAACUGAAGUCUUUGUAACUUAAACAUCUUCCAAGACUAGCAAGCUUCUGCUUAGGGAAUUGCAACUUUGAAUUCCUGUCUUUGAAAGACACAAUUGUGAUGAGGUGUCCAAAUAUGAUGACUUUUUCUCGGGGAGAAGUAAGUACUCCUAACCUGCAGAAAGUAAAUUUCACAGAAGAUAAAGCUGUAGAAUGUUU